CGCUCAUUAUCACAUACACCAACAUACAUUCUAUACUAUCUUCUUCUCAAACUCCUCUUUACUUUACAAUUUCAUCUAAUCAAUAAGCAUUAUGGGUAUUUUCACAUAUGAGAAUGAUACCACUUCAACCGUUGCUCCUGCCAAGCUCUUCAAAGCUGUGGUGCAUGACGCAGAUGUCAUCGUUCCAAAGGUUAUUGAUUCAAUCAAGACUGUUGAAACCGUUGAAGGAAAUGGUGGCCCCGGCACUGUCAAGAAGCUCACUUUCGUCGAAGGAGGACAAACCUUGUAUGUGUUGCACAAAGUUGAAGCCAUUGAUGAUGCAAAGUUUGAAUAUAAUUACAGUAUAGUUGGAGGUGUCGGUAUAUCUGACAUUGUUGAAAAGAUAUCUUUUGAGGCCAAAUUGUUUGAAGGUCCAAAUGGAGGAUCCGUUGGGAAGAUGACGGUUAAAUAUCACACCAAAGGAGAUGCUAAGCCUAUUGAAAAGGAGGUUGAGGAAGGCAAAGCUAAGAGUGAUGCUCUCUUCAAAGCCAUUGAGGGUUACGUUUUGGCUAAUCCUAAUUACAACUGAUACUAUCAUUACUGUCCUUUUCUAGCUUUGUUGUUGUCUCCUUAAUACAAGUUUUUAAUGUACUAAUAAAGUGUCUGUUCUUUUUGCUUUUUAA